GUGCCUAAUUGCUUGAUUGCGUAGCGAGUUGUCUGCCUGUCGAUAAGUUAUCAGUUAGUAAGCCCCAGGCAAGCAAUCUGGCUUGUUCAACAAGUCAGGCUGUGGAAGUGAUUGGAAGAUGUGGCGGCCCUAGGCUGGGCCCCACUUGGUCCGAGCUCCUUCCACCUCUCGUCAUCACCAGCUCAAACAACUACGACCCGUAAGAACAUACAAACACUCCGAACUUGAUCACCUUCUUCCAUUUUCACCAUCUCAGGUCAUCUCGGAACACUUUUCUAACUUGGAGAUAACCACCCAUCUCUAGUAAUUCUCGCUAAGGAUCGAGUUUCCUUUGCGAAUUUCUCUGCAUAAAGCCCCCCACUAUCUUUCUUUUCGUGUGGUUCUUCCCACAACUCCCUCCAACCCACCCCAAUUCCGACCUUUACCAAAUACCUUCAUUUAUUCAUCAAACACCAUGGCACCCGAGCCUGAACACAAGAAGAAGGUCAACUUGGCCGACGUCUCCGGCGCCGAGCCUAAAGAGGAGAAUGACACCUCAACGGCCAUCCUCAAGAAGAAGAAGAAGCCCAACCAGCUAAUGGUUACUGAUGCCGUCAACGAUGACAACUCUAUCAUCGCACUUUCGAACAACACUAUGGAACAACUCCAGCUGUUCCGUGGAGAUACAGUCCUCGUUCGAGGCAAGAAGAGAAAGGACACCGUCUUGAUCGUCCUUGCAGACGAUGACCUUGAUGAUGGCAGUGCCCGACUCAACCGAGUUGUCCGUCACAACUUGCGGGUGAAGCACGGCGAUAUCGUCACCAUCCACGCGUGUCCUGAUAUCAAAUAUGCCAAGAGAAUUGCGGUGCUUCCCAUCGCCGACACAGUUGAAGGUCUGACUGGUUCGCUCUUCGACGUCUUCCUUGCCCCAUACUUCCGAGAAGCCUACCGACCCGUUCGCCAAGGCGACCUGUUCAUCGUCCGAGGUGGUAUGAGACAGGUGGAGUUCAAGGUAGUUGAGGUUGAUCCUCCCGAGUAUGGUAUUGUUGCGCAGGAUACCGUGAUUCACUGCGAGGGUGAGCCUAUUCAGCGCGAAGAGGAAGAGAACAACCUUAACGAAGUUGGCUACGAUGACAUUGGUGGCUGCCGCAAGCAGAUGGCCCAGAUCCGAGAGAUGGUUGAACUGCCGUUGCGUCAUCCUCAGCUCUUCAAGUCUAUCGGUAUUAAGCCGCCUCGUGGUGUCCUGCUUUACGGUCCCCCAGGUACUGGUAAAACCCUUAUGGCUCGUGCCGUCGCCAACGAGACCGGUGCCUUUUUCUUCCUGAUCAAUGGUCCCGAGAUUAUGUCCAAGAUGGCCGGUGAAUCGGAGUCGAAUCUACGAAAGGCAUUCGAAGAGGCGGAGAAGAAUUCCCCAGCUAUUAUUUUCAUCGACGAGAUCGACUCCAUCGCUCCCAAGCGAGAGAAGACAAACGGUGAGGUUGAGCGACGUGUAGUUUCUCAGCUCCUUACCCUCAUGGACGGCAUGAAGGCCCGAUCCAACGUUGUCGUCAUGGCAGCCACCAACAGACCUAACUCUAUCGACCCUGCCUUGAGACGUUUCGGUCGUUUCGAUCGUGAAGUCGACAUCGGCAUUCCUGAUCCCACUGGUCGUCUUGAGAUUCUCCAGAUUCACACCAAGAACAUGAAGCUCGGCGACGACGUCGAUCUUGAGCAGAUUGCGGCGGAAACUCACGGUUAUGUUGGUUCUGAUAUUGCUGCCCUUUGCUCAGAGGCUGCUAUGCAGCAAAUCCGAGAGAAGAUGGAUCUCAUCGAUCUUGACGAAGACACCAUCGAUGCCGAAGUACUGGAUUCUCUAGGCGUGACCAUGGAGAACUUCAGAUUCGCCUUGGGUGUGUCGAACCCGUCUGCCCUCCGCGAGGUCGCAGUUGUCGAGGUUCCCAAUGUCCGUUGGGAAGACAUUGGAGGUCUGGAGGAGGUCAAGCAAGAUCUCAAGGAGAGCGUCCAAUAUCCCGUCGACCACCCCGAGAAGUUCCUCAAGUUUGGUCUUUCUCCGUCCCGUGGAGUCCUAUUCUACGGCCCGCCCGGUACGGGUAAAACCAUGUUGGCCAAGGCCGUUGCCAAUGAAUGUGCGGCCAAUUUCAUUUCAGUGAAGGGCCCCGAGUUGCUGAGCAUGUGGUUUGGUGAGUCCGAGAGCAACAUCCGAGAUAUUUUCGACAAGGCUCGUGCGGCUGCUCCUUGUGUCGUCUUCCUCGACGAGUUGGAUUCGAUUGCCAAGGCUCGUGGCGGAUCCGUUGGGGACGCUGGUGGCGCCUCGGACCGUGUUGUCAACCAGCUUCUAACAGAAAUGGAUGGUAUGACCUCGAAGAAGAACGUCUUCGUUAUUGGAGCUACGAACAGACCUGAGCAAUUAGAUCCGGCCCUGUGCCGUCCGGGUCGUCUCGACUCGCUAAUUUACGUACCACUGCCCGACGAGGCUGGUCGUCUCAGCAUUCUCAAGGCUCAGCUCCGCAAGACCCCGGUGGCUGCUGAUGUCGACCUCAACUAUAUCGCAUCCAAGACUCACGGGUUCUCUGGUGCUGAUCUCGGAUUUAUUACCCAGCGCGCAGUCAAGAUUGCCAUCAAGGAAUCUAUCACUAUCGACAUUGAGCGACAACGUGCUCGCGAGGCGGAAGGAGCAGGUGACAUGGACGUCGAUGAAGAUGUUGAGGACCCCGUUCCUGAGUUGACAAAACGCCAUUUCGAGGAGGCUAUGCAAAUGGCCCGAAGAUCCGUCAACGACGUUGAGAUCCGCCGAUACGAGGCUUUUGCACAACAGAUGAAGAAUGCCGGACCCGGUGCCUUCUUCCAGUUCCCUGCUGCAAAUGCCGGUGCCGCUGGCUCUGGAGACAAUUUCGGCCAGGCUGGUGACGAUGACGGUCUUUACGACUAAGUUGUCAGCUAUUCAGCGGUUGGAUACCAUCUCCUCACACCGACCCUGUACUUUAAUUCCUUUGCUUACGAUGCGUCUCAACAUUAAUGACAACAUAACGCAACACUAAGGAUGUCGGCCUUAAACCGAUAUUCCCUCGAUUGUUCGUUGAAGGAAUUCGCAUAUCUGAUAGAUUUAAUCCCGUCAGAGUGCUAGGAACGGGAUGCGGCUGCUUUCCUUUGCGCGAUCAGAAGCAUGGCUGUUUUGUCUCUUGCUAGAGAUGCUUCAUUCCGACCAGGAUGAAAUAUGAUAGCUAUACGCAUACCGCGCUGCGGUAAGCAUACUAGUUUUACGAUAGAUCCACAAAUUUAUUUUGCACUGCCCUCAACUUCCCCUUGGCCGUGUCUAUACUCUUGAAUAAUAGUGCGAAUGUGUGUUUAAGUGACAUGAUGAGACCUCAAGGUCCAUACCAGCAACCAUAACUCAAAAAAUUUCCAUUCGAUAGUUAUAAGCCAAUUCUUAACCUGGAUCGUACACGACUA